AGAUGAAAAGCCUAAAGGCCUGAGACCAGAAGGAUCAGUAUCUAGUCUGACAGCCAAAGAGGAUCAACUUGCUGUGAUGUGUAACCAAGUUUGCAUAAAGAAGUCGGUAACUGAGGAUUUGAAUGGGGAUUGCAAACUGAUGGGAAAUCCCACUGGGAAAGUCAAACUGAAUCAUGCUGAAUUAGUCAACAACAACAACAACAACAACAACAAUCAUUAUCAAGGUCGAUGGAUUGGUCAAGAUGCUGGGACAGAGAUUGCUUUUGUGCUGGACGGCUCUGGUAGCAUUGACCAUGAUGACUUUCAGAGAGCUAAAGACUUUCAUCUACAAUGUCAUGUCCAAUGUUUGGAAAACAGGUUUCAAUUGCAAUAUGGUCUGGAGAUCAGGACCGAGCUCUCACUGCUAGACAGUAAGAAUCAUGCCAGAGCUUUGCUAAAGGUCAAAGAAAUACAGCAACUUGGCAAGCUCACAAAGACCGCCUCAGCCAUCCAUCAUGUCCUGUGA